CGUGGUGGCGGGGGCGGAGCAAUAGCAGGGAGGAGCUUCCGCGUGGGCGUGGCUUAGAAUGGAAAUGGGCUGGGCUUGAAGGAUGGAAGGGACCUACUUGGGGCUGAGUGGGGAAAUGGGGCUCUAGGCGAAGGUGGGCGCAGCUUAGGGUAGAAGGGGAGUAGCUGGUCAAGGAGUAGGCAUGGUGAGGUGAUGGGAUUGAGGUGUGCAGUUUGGCGAGUCUUAGUGGAAAUAAUAAGUCUUCAUAAUAGAGAGCCUCCAUUCGCCACUGCCUUCCCACCACGCCAUCAUGGCUGAUACCCCGCUGCCAGUGCCCCCGGUCCCUGCCCCGGCCCCAGCCCCAGCGCCUCCCGCUGCUGCUCCCCGGGUUCCGUUUCACUGCAGUGAGUGUGGCAAGAGCUUCCGCUACCGCUCGGACCUUCGGCGUCACUUCGCCCGGCACACUGCCCUCAAACCCCACGCGUGUCCACGCUGUGGCAAGGGCUUCAAACACAGCUUCAACCUGGCCAACCACCUGCGUUCGCACACCGGCGAGCGGCCCUACCGCUGCUCUGCCUGCCCUAAAGGGUUCCGAGACUCCACCGGCCUGCUACACCACCAGGUCGUCCACACUGGUGAGAAGCCCUACUGCUGCCUGGUGUGUGAGCUCCGCUUCUCCUCACGCUCCAGCCUGGGCCGCCACCUCAAGCGCCAGCACCGCGGGGUGCUCCCGUCCCCGCUGCAACCCGGCCCAGGCCUGCCGGCCCUGAGCGCACCCUGCUCUGUCUGCUGCAAUGUGGGGCCCUGCUCAGUGUGCGGGGGCGCGGGGGCCGGUGGUGGCGAGGGCCCAGAGGGGGCAGGUGCGGGCCCGGGCAGCUGGGGGCUGGCAGAGGCCGCCGCCGCGGCCGCCGCCGCCUCGCUGCCCCCCUUUGCGUGUGGAGCCUGCGCGCGGCGCUUUGACCAUGGCCGUGAGCUGGCGGCCCACUGGGCGGCGCACACCGACGUGAAGCCCUUCAAGUGCCCGCGUUGUGAGCGCGACUUCAACGCCCCCGCGCUGCUGGAGCGGCACAAGCUGACGCACGACCUGCAGGGCCCGGGCGCGCCCCCAGUGCAGGCCUGGGCCCCGGGCGCCAGCGCAGGGCCCGACCCGGCCGGCGACGUCGGUGGCGCGGUGGAGGCGGGUGAUGCCCAGGCGGCCUGGGAUGGCGGGCUGCUCCUGGGCCGCACUGGGGGCGGCGUGCCCGAGCUCGCGGGGCUGCUCCCGGAAGGCGGCGGGGAGGCUCCUGCCCCAGCGGCCGAGGCGUCCGAAGACACCCUGUACCAGUGCGACUGCGGGACCUUCUUCGCGUCGGCCGCGGCACUGGCCAGCCACCUGGAGGCCCACUCGGGCCCCGCCACCUACGGCUGCGGCCACUGCGGGGCCCUGUACGCGGCUCUGGCGGCCCUGGAGGAGCACCGGCGGGCGAGCCACGGCGAGGGCGGCGGAGCAGAGGCGGCAUCCGCGGCCCCAGAGGGGGAGCCAGCGUCCGGCGAGGCCGCGUCUGCCUCCGGCCGGGGCAAGAAGAUCUUCGGCUGCUCCGAGUGCGAGAAGCUGUUCCGCUCGCCGCGCGACCUGGAGCGCCACGUGCUGGUGCACACGGGCGAGAAGCCAUUCCCGUGCCUCGAGUGCGGCAAGUUCUUCCGCCACGAGUGCUACCUCAAGCGCCACCGGCUGCUGCAUGGCACCGAGAGGCCCUUCCCCUGCCACAUCUGCGGCAAGGGCUUCAUCACGCUCAGCAACCUCUCACGGCACCUGAAGCUGCACCGCGGCAUGGACUGAUGCCGCAGCCACCCUGCCGCCCCGCGUCGGGGGCCGCACUCAGGGCCUGGGGCCAGAUCCCUGGGCCCUGCCGUCAGGGGACCCCGGCUGGAGAUAGGGGGCCACCAGACACUCGCACGGCCCCAUGAGCUGGGGGCAGCAAACAAACCGGGGAGACUCCUCAGCUGCGAGGUCUGGGACCUAGGAAGAGACUCCUGAGCAACCCCAAAUCAAAAGGCCUCCCCGAGUGGUGGGGACGUAGCAAUGAGAUGUGGGUGUCAGCAAGUACUUCUCAUCUUGAGGACCCUAGUGAUAAGAGAUGGGCAUCCUUCCCCCAAGGAAGACUGCCCCUCUCCCCAAGAGCCAUCAUUCCCAACGACCUUGAUCUGGAGAAUGUGGGGGGACCAUGUCCCUGAAUUUCCCUGGAUCCCCCAAAUGCUACCCACCAGUCACUGGUGCCCUCCAAAAAUGGAUAGAGCCGAAACCUGCCUUCCCCCCACCCAUCCCAUUUCAUUCCUCAUGCUGAAAGAGGACCAGGGUAGAUGCCCCUGCCCUGAAAACCCCUCCCCCCAAUUAGGUCUCCCUCCCCCAGGGCAGAAUGGAUCCACCCUAAUGAUCUUCCCCAUCCCAAACACUAGAAUAGGCUGGUUUGAAAUCCCUCCUGCCCAGUAGAAUGAACUGAAUCAGAUACACACCCCUGUCCACUGGAAUGGGUUGGUCUAGACGGGCCUGUACCCCACCCUCCUUAGGCCAAUAUGGCAGACACUCCUCCCUCCCUCUAGAGUGCCGGCCAGUCCCCAUCAUUCCGCAUCCUGUGAACUCAUCUGAGUGGGAAGUGGUGGACUCUGGGGCUUUACCUCCUGCUCUGCUGUAGCACCUGUCUUUCCAUCUCUGUUGGUUUGUCAGUCUCUGUGUUCCUCUCAACCCCAAGGGGAAGGGGGGCUUGGCUAGGGGAUAACCCCCUGUGAGCCUCGACCUUGCCCCUUAUCCCACUCCCUAAUGUCUCCACAGGGCCCCAAUAAACCUCGUCCUGUCAGUCA